UGUAAAUUAAUUUUGGCGAACUAUUGUCGAGUGUGGGAUGUUUGUCAGACUAUGUGUAGCUGAAUAUCCAAGUCUUUUAAUUCAAAAAUAAAGUGAAAUUAAGUUUUCCGACUCCUAGCUUUGAGUAAAGAAUAUUUAUACAAGCAUGUCAGGCGAUUUUAUUCAGCUCCAAGACAUUUUUGUAUGCUUAAGUUGCAACUGACGACGGUCGUGAGUGAAGAAGAAAAAGCCCCGAGUGACACAGCUUUUCUCUAAGUCAGUCUAAUUGGAUUUUUCUCAUUUUGUGAAAGGCUGUCGGAAAUGGCGUAGUGUUUUGUACAAAGGGAAAUGAUGGGAGAAGAAUAGGGUAUUUUUUCGCUUGACGUCGGUAACAAGAGUCGUGAAAUCUUCUACACAGGCGACAAAGGCAGACAAGAGAACGGAUUUGCGGGAAGUCUUCAUAUGAUACAACGGGUGCCAGGAUUUUUUUUCUUGAAUCAUACAAUUCCUGUUUCCAGACAGUCGGACUGAAACAAAAUACAAUGAAAACUAUGUGGCUUAAGGACCGUGCGUAAUUUUCUCCGAGUUCGAGGGAAUUAUUGAACAAAUUUAAAAUGCCCAGAAAAAAAAUGAGAAGUUUCAAGAAAAUGUCUUGUGACCACACGUGGGGUUUUGGACCAUACAGAGUAGAUCUCCUGCCUGGCUCUUUGCGUGGAAAAUGUUGAAAUUAUUAUUACGACGGAUAUCUCCAUGGAAACUGUUCCUGUCGUCUGUUAUGGUGGUCCUGUGUCUCAAUGUGACCUUACAUCGGCGAUUCGCAGGACUGGAAUGGGAUGAAAAGGGCAGUUCUAUGUGGGACCGAAAAGAACUACGAAAUCCAAAACUCAGAGCUUCUAGUAUCCAUGGAACAUUUGAGAACCGUCUUCGGAAACUGAUGGAAAAGUCCACGGAAAAUGGACUGGAUGUGAUAAAAAUUCAGAAAGAGGCUCCAAUGUCCGUGUCUUACGCGGAAAACUUAAUCGAGUGCGACGAUUUUGUGAAUAUUUCAAAGAGGACUUAUUUAGAGUCUGGGUGGACAAAGGCCGUGUACAGGGGAGAUUAUCGAGGGUUACCGGUGGCUAUUAAAACUGUGGAUGUAAGAGGUCAGCAUCUGAGGUCAUGUGUAGCCAAAGGUCAUAUUUAUAAAGACUGCUACCAUCAAGCUGCUCAGAAUAUUGUCAAAGAGAUCGUUGUUCUGCAAGCGAUAGCCCACGAAAACGUCAUCAAGGUUUUGGGAUUUUGUGUACCAGGCACCAGCAGCAACAUCCAGGGUGUUGCCAUGGUAACAGAACUUGGAGAUAGUGUGGACUUGAUUAAACUAUUGCAGAUGUCGUGGGAGGACCGUUUCAGAAUUUCGUACGACGUUUCCUCCAUCAUUGAAUUAAUGGCGACCAGUAACUAUGGCAGUAUAGCCAUGAAUGACUUCCGGCGUCAACAAUUUGUCCUUGUGAAUGGCUCUCUCAAACUCUCAGAUGUUGAUGAUGUGGGGUUUGGAGACCCCGCCUGUGUUAAUGAUAACGACUGUGCGAUGCAUUUUUCUAGUUCCAACUUUACACAAAGAAUACCGUGUGAAAAAGGUAGAUGUUCAAGUUACAACGAAAAGAAAAACUUAUUUAACGGAGGUCGCCAUUUUACUACAUUUCUGCUACCACAUGGCGCCCCCGAAUCACUACGCCCUCUGGUGGACAGAGUUGUGGCAGGAUACAGCAAUCUCACUCUGAAUUCUCAUCAAAUACUACGUCUGAUGAAGAAAAUAAAAAAUCUUUAUAUGACUGGGAAAUAUUUGAAUAGACCCAAACAGCAAUUUCCCAAAGACUAUCAGUUGUACCAGUUAAGUGAUCUCCAUGGAAAAUUUGACUACAGAUGUCGUCUGUCACUAUCGGGCACUGGAUGCACACGUUCUGCUUUUGACGUCAUGGAGGCAGCGACUUUCUGUGACGCAGACCCUGACUGUCGCGGAUUCGUCGUAUCCAAACAAAAGACAUGGUCAGGUCGUAUGUUGGUACAUUUUAAAUCUGGUUUUGACCAUCCAACACAGAAUACGGAUACGUCAUUGUUUGUGAGAAUCACAUGACGAACAAGUCCGUCCAAUGUAGGAACAUAAAAGAAUGACCACAGUGUUCAGAAGGACAAGGCGUCCGCAGACUAUAUGAUAGCUACAUGUAUGUACUCGACAGCUUGUUCGGUAAAGCAAUCUAUUAUCAUUUUCAGCAUUAAUGGUUUAUUGUGCCGAGGCGAUAGACAUUCAAUACCAGUCAUGCAAAAUAUUCACAAUAGAUGCAAAUACUAUCCAUAUGCCCCAUGUAAAUGGUGGGCUGUAACAAACAAGACAGCCAAUCGCAAGAAUUCUGUGACGUUGUUUCAAGGUCAAGUAACCACAAACUGUUCUGAAAAUAAGGACAGAGAAACCAGUUAUGUGAACGUUGCAAUUUUUUUAAAAUUCUAAAUUGUUUUAAAAUUACUUUGAAAUCUGCUAUCCAAUCUGGGAUGCCUACUCUCUCUCACUCCCUCUCUCUCCAAAGUAGGUUUGCACGAAUCCACAAUGGCUAAAAAUGUAUUAACUUCAUUGAGUGACGUGAUCGGGAUGGUUUAAAAAAAAUUCUCCUCAGCAAGUUACAUUGUAAUAAGAAAUAGAAAUCUGGCCGCUUUUUUUUUUUAUUAUUAUUUGCGAACCUCCUGUUCUGAAGACAAUUUGUAAACAAAAUUUUGGUGUAUAGUUUGUCACUUUUAGAAUACUGACUUAAACUUCAUGUAGUAGUGAAUAUUUUCUGUUGACUUGUCUCAUGUGUAUUUUGCAAAAUAUCAUUCAAGUUUGAAUCUUGACAAAUUCUUGUAAUGUGAUUUUUUUUGUGUGUGUGCAUACUUAUAUCGUUACCAUGAAUUCAAUGAUUUCACAAUUUUUGGUUUUUUUUUUAAUUAGAAAACGUCAAGGAGAGUGACAUUAAGUGGUUGGCACGUGAAUGUGUUUUUUUGUGUGCAAUAGUUUUGAUUUCAGAAGGUGCUAAAUGUACACAGGGUAUAUUGUGUGUUGUGGAUUGGUCUCCAGGAGAUUUACACCAAUCUUUAGCAUUCCAUGUUAAAUAUUUACAAAUCUGUUGUUUUAUUUAGUGUUGACUGUUUCUUUGAGGAACUAGGUGCCAUAUUCCUUUCAUGUUUUGUUGUUUCAGAGACUUUUGAAUAACGUAUAUAGUGCGCAUGUAAUGCCACUACGAAGCGUGUCUGUAUAUCAGCACCUCACAGAUAACAACUCUAAAGGUGACCAUUAAUCUGUUGUUUUCCUUAUGACACAAUUCUUUGUUUGUUUGUUUGUUUGUUGUUGUUUUUUUUGGUACAGUGCUUUAAUUAAUAUCGUUUGACGACCAUACUGCCAUAUUGUUGUACUGGAAUAAAGACAAUCAAAACGGA